AUGGCCUGCGCUGUCCGCUGCGGGGGGAGCGGAGGCGUGGCCGGAGUGCCGCUCUGCCCGCCGGUCGCAGGCUCCUCCCGCCCUCAGACCGCUGGGACGGCACCACCGAGGCCCCUCGCUCACGCCCCCGCCGAGGCCGCCGCUGCUCCGUCCCGGGAGGCUGCGCCGGACGUGAGGGACGCGCUCGGCGGCGGUUGCCGCGAUGGGGCGGCGAGCUGGCUGCGCCCCAGCGGCACCGGCGAGGCUGUGCCGCACUCGGUGUACGCCGCCGGCAUGCGCCCGCGUCUCCUUUAUAUGUCAUUUGUGUUUGUGUGCGAGCUCCCCGCCUGGUUUACUUACUGGCGUGCGGACGGUGACGUCGCGGCAGCAGGGGAUGAGUCACGGUGCCGUGAUGCAGCCCCCGGGCACGCAGGGCCCCCCCUGCGCCCGCCCGGUGCCCCCGCCCCGGGGACGGCGACAGCAGCGGCAGCCGGGACAGCGGGCAAGGCGGCAGGCGGCCGCCCCCCUCUCCCGCCUCCUGCUCGCCGCGGGGGGCCCGGGCUGUGCCCCGGCCCCGGCGCGGACGGGACGGCGUCUUUCGGCGCGUUGCUGCGCUGCUUCCCGUGCCAGCGGCUCUGCGGGGGGGGCGCGGUGCCCCCUGGGGCACUGCCUGCUGCCGCCCCCCCCCCCCGCCGCCACCUGCCUCCCCGCACCUUCCGCAGCUACCUGCCGCGCUCUCACCGCACCUACAGCUGCGUCCACUGCCGGGCACAUCUGGCGCGACACGAGGAGCUCAUCUCCAAGUCCUUCCAGGGCAGCCAUGGCCGUGCCUACCUGUUCAACUCUGUGGUAAACGUGGGCUGUGGCCCAGCGGAGCAACGGCUGCUGCUGACAGGGCUGCACUCAGUAGCUGACAUCUUCUGCCAGAGCUGCAAAACCACACUGGGCUGGAAAUACGAGCAGGCCUUCGAGAGCAGCCAGAAGUACAAGGAGGGGAAGUUCAUCAUCGAGAUGUCGCACAUGGUGAAGGAGAACGGCUGGGACUGAUGUAGAUGGUGGGCACAGUGGGGGCACAGUGGGGGCACAGUGUGGGCACCUCCAGGCAGCAGCACCCCUGCCCCAGUGCACACCCUCACGGGUGUGCCGGCAGUGGGUACUCUCCACGUCCACACAUGCCCAAGUGCCCCAUGGGUUCCCAAUGCCAGCUGAUGCGCCUCCAGGGAGGGGCAGUGCCCAUCAUCACAUGUUAAGGGGAGCAGUGAGGGCUUUUCUAGGGCAAUAAAGGCUUUUUUGGUAGCAA